AUGGUUGUCCACAUACGAGCUCUGAAUUUCAGCAGCACCGAAAGCUCUGCUUCCAACCUAAGCACCAAUGUCAGUGUUCGGGACACCUUGGUUCCCCAGGACCCCCUCGACCUGAGCAGGCAAGGCCACACGGUGGUGGCAGUAUGCCUUGGGCUCAUUUUGGUCCUGGGAUUCUUCAACAACCUUCUUGUCCUGCUUAUCUUCGCAAAGUUUCGGUCGCUUUGGACGCCCAUCAACCUCAUCCUUCUGAACAUCAGCGUGAGCGAUAUCCUCGUGUGUAUUUGUGGAACUCCAUUCAGUUUUGCGGCAAGUCUACAAGGGAGAUGGCUCAUUGGACACCAUGGUUGCAAGUGGUACGGCUUCGCCAAUUCGCUUUUCGGGAUCGUGUCCCUGGUGUCUCUGUCCAUUCUGUCCUAUGAGCGCUACGCCACGGUGCAGCGCUCCACCAAGGCUGACGUGUCUGACUUCAGAAAGGCCUGGCUGUGUGUGUGGGGCUCCUGGCUCUAUUCCCUGCUAUGGGCCCUGCCCCCCUUCAUGGGCUGGAGCAGCUACGGCCCGGAGGGGGCCGGAACCUCCUGCUCUGUCCAGUGGACCCAGCGCUCUCCGGCCAGUGUCUCCUACGUGGUCUGCCUGUUCAUCUUCUGCCUGCUGCUGCCCCUCAUGAUCAUGGUCUACUCCUACGGCGGGAUACUGGUUGCCAUCAGGGGGGUGGCUAAAACCAACCUGCUGUCAGCCCAGAGGCGAGAGCAGCACAUCCUGCUCAUGGUGCUGUCCAUGGUGUCCUGCUACCUGCUGUGCUGGAUGCCCUACGGCGUCAUGGCCCUGGCGGCCACCUUCGGCCGGUCAGGCCUGGUCACCCCCGUGGCCAGCGUGGUGCCCGCCGUCCUGGCCAAGAGCAGCACCGUAAUCAACCCUGUCAUCUAUGUGCUGUUCAACAACCAGUUUUACAGAUGCUUCGUUGCCUUUGUGAGAUGCAGAGGGGAGCCCCAGUCUGUGUACGGCUUUAACACCCAGCAGUGCAGCAGAGAGGAGAACGCUACCCCCGGGAAACCGCUUUCACGCCCCUCCCUGGCCCAAAAACAGCCCUCUCUUUGCUCCCCACACACCGAGAGCUACAGGAGCCCCAGCAAUGCCCCCCUGUGUGGCCUGCGGCGGGAACGGCGCACCAUGUCUCUGGUGGUCCACUACACCCCCUGA